GCCCUAAUUGAAUCGGCAAGAGUGAGCAACACAGAAGCCCGAAAACCCCAUGCCCUGUCACCGUUCGUCCGCCCCGUCGCCGGUGUGCUCCGCCGUCUGCUUCAUUGUCUAUUUUACUAUUGUGGCGUGGACCGUCGUAUUUUCAGUUUGAACUUCUGCCGGCUUCGUCUCUCGUAUUACAACACAGACCAGAUAUGGAACCACCUGCGUGGUUACCUAAGGAAGUGCAGACCUCAACAUCUCAAGUGGCUGGCUCUGACCCACCAGUUGAAGGAAAAUCUUCUCCACCUUCAACUCCAACUGUUGCAUGUGCUUCAGUUGCCGCUAAAUCUACCUUAAAGGAUGGAGACACGGUCAGCACUGAUUCAAUGCAUGGCUCUGACCCAGCAAACCGUGCUAAUUCACACGGUUAUGCUGCCUCCACCCCUUCAUUUUCGUACAAUGUACCUCAAAAUGCAAAUACAACUUCUGAGAGCUCUCGUCAAUCAUCAUCAAACACUGCUAUGAUAAACUCACCAGGUUCUUCGUCAUUUCCUAAACCUUCUGUUCCUGGCGUUUCUACUAGUUCUGGUCCUUCAUUUUCAUAUAAUAUUCCACAAGCCGAGAUUGCUUUCUCUGGUGGCCAGUCAAUCCAUUCAGGAAUGGCAGUUGCCUCAGCGCAAUCUGAAGGGCCAAAGACUGUCUCACCAUCUGUUACAUCCUUGCAACCUCCUGUUCCUGGACAGUUGGUACAUCCCAGUCCAUUUUUACGAGGAAUGACUACGCAGGUCAUGCCACCACCUUCGCCUGUGGCUGUUCCAAGAGAACCUUCAUCCAAUGCUGCUAAUUUUUCGUAUAAUGGACAUCACCAGUUGCUGCAGAAGGAUCAAUCUGUACCAUCUAAAGCUAUAGGCCAUGUCGCCCAAGGACCCAAUGCAUCUUCUGCUUCAUCCAUCCCUCAUUCUGUUUCACACCAUGCUCAUUCAACCUUGGGUGUCACAUCUACAAAUUCUAACUUUGCUUCACCAACAUUCUGGAUGCCAUCUGCACCACCUUUUCAAAUGCCUACAGGUGUGCCAAGAAUUCCUGUAACAUCUGGUGCACCGGGAAGAUCUCCAUUAUCCUCCCCUGCCAAUACCACUAUUCCCUCUACAGCUGUGGCUUCUUCGUCAUCUUCUCUGCGCCCAGGAUCUAUGAUGCCAGCUACUCCUGUUCAAGCUAAUUCAUCCGCUCAACUACCAAUUUAUGCUUCCUAUGCUUCUAAUCCUCUUAUGGUCGCCCCUCCUCAGGGAGUUUGGCUUCAGCCUGCACCAAUUGGUGGGUUGUCAAGACCCCCACUUUUACCAUAUCCUGCUUUCCCGGGAUCCUUUUCUAUGCCAGCUCACCGCAUUCCACUCUCCGCAGUUCCACCAUCUGAUGCUCAGCCUCCUGGUUCUUCAAUUGGAGUUCCUGGUGUGGCCUCUAUAUCUUCUGCAGUCUCUGACAGCAUGCCAUUGGUUGGUUCAGGGAUGCCACAUGAAUUACCUCCAGGGACUGACAAUAGCAAGCAUGCAAAUGUUGUUGGUGUCAAGGAAGAAUCAGUUGCCAUCGAGCAGUUGGAUGUAUGGUCAGCACACAGGACUGAAACAGGAACUGUAUACUAUUAUAAUGCUGCGACUGGACAAUCUACUUAUCAAAAACCUGUUGGUUUUAAGGGAGAGCCUGAUAAAGUUUAUGCACAGCCGACUCCAAUCUCAUGGGAGAAGUGUGCUGGCACAGAUUGGUCAUUAGUCACCACAAAUGAUGGCAAAAGAUAUUACUACAAUGCUAAAACCAAGUUGAGCAGCUGGCAAAUACCAGCAGAUGUGACUGAGUUGAGAAAGAGGCAGGACAGUGAUGUUUUGAAAGAACAAUCAAUGUCAGUGCCAAGUGCUACUACUUUAACUGAAAAAGGAUCUGUUCCUUUAAGCUUGAGUGCCCCUGCUAUUAACACAGGUGGUCGUGAUGCCAUAUCCGCUGGAGCAUCAGGUGUACCUGUAUCAUCAUCUGCACUGGAUUUGAUAAAAAAGAAACUGCAAGAUUCAACAGCACCUGCUACCUCUUUACCACACCAAACCUCGGCUGGAGCAAUGUCAUCUGAAUUGAAUGGGUCUACACCAGUUGAUGUAGUAGGAAAAGGCUCACAUAGUGAGAAUGGAAAAGAUAAGGUAAAAGACGACAACGCUGAUGGAAACCUAUCAAAUAGCUCUUCAGAUUCAGAGGAUGUGGAUAGUGGACCAACCAAGGAGGAGCGUGCCAUUCAAUUUAAGGAAAUGCUCAAGGACCGUGGGGUGGCCCCGUUCUCGAAAUGGGAGAAGGAGCUUCCAAAGUUUGUAUUCGAUCCACGUUUUAAGGCAAUACCAAGUUAUAGUGCACGGAGAGCUCUGUUCGAUCAUUUUGUUCGGACACGUGCUGAAGAAGAACGCAAAGAAAAACGAGCGGCACAGAAGGCUGCAAUUGAAGGUUACAAACAGUUACUGGAUGAGGCGAAGGAGGAUAUUGACCACAAUACUGACUAUCAAACAUUUAAAAGAAAAUGGGGUCAUGAUCCACGGUUUGAGGUGUUGGACCGGAAGGAGCGAGAAACUUUACUGAAUGAAAGAGCUAAGGGAGCAUCAAUCCAUAUUCGUUAUCCUCAUUUCACCCAGGUAGCAAAUCAAGGAAAAAAAGGUGAACCGGGUGACAUUGGAAUACACAUAUCACAUCACCAGUUACGAGGCGGGGUGGCGGAAUUCCCUUCCUAUCUUCUAAGCAUCGUAGCUAAGAGGGUACUUCCACUAAAGAGGUCCAUUGAAGAAGAGGCUCGUGCAAAACGUGCAGCUGCUGUGUCUAGUUUCAAGUCUAUGCUUCGGGACAACAAGGACAUUUGCUCAACUUCUCGUUGGUCCAAGGUUAAGGACAAUCUAAGAAGUGACCCUCGAUACAAAUCAGUUAAGCAUGAGGAUAGAGAAGCUUUAUUUAAUGAAUAUAUCUCAGAGCUAAAGGUGUCUGAAGAGGAAGCUGAAAGGGCGGUAAAGGCAAAACGAGAUGAGGAGGAGAAGUUGAAAGAAAGAGAGAGGGCAUUGCGUAAGCGGAAAGAGCGAGAAGAACAGGAAGUGGAGAGGGUGCGUUCAAAAGCUCGCAGAAAGGAAGCCAUCGAGUCAUAUCAAGCAUUACUUGUAGAGACGAUCAAAGAUCCACAGGUUUCAUGGACAGAUGCAAAGCCUAAACUCGAGAAGGAUCCUCAAGGGCGUGCAGGCAACCCUUAUUUAGAUCAAUCAGACCUCGAAAAGCUUUUCCGUGAACACGUCAAGUUAUUGCAUGAUCGAUGUGCACAUGAAUUUAAAGCUUUGUUAGCUGAUGUGAUAACGACUGAUGCUGGUGCAAAAGAAUAUGAAGAUGGUAAGACGGUUCUUAGUUCAUGGUCAACAGCCAAACGGCUUCUGAAAGAUGAUACCCGAUACAACAAAAUGCCGAGAAAAGACCGGGAAUCAUUGUGGCGGCGGCAUGUGGAGGAGCUGCAACGAAGGCGGAAAUCGGCAAUGGAUAAAGAGUUGUCGGAAAAGCAUGGAGACGUUAGAACAGUUGAUUCUAGGAAACACCUUUCAGGAUCUAGGAGAACCCAUGAUCGCCGAUAGCUUUCUGGAUCGGCCUUUAACAUCAUUUCGUCUGUGAUCUCUUUUAUUCUUUUUAUUUCUAUGUUUUUCUGUAUACCUUGUCAUCGCUGGAGUUGUAUCAUGUUGAGGUGCGGGCAUGUGGCUGUUAAUUUUUGGUUCAACAAGGAUUCUAUUCAGAUUUAUCAUGGUAUCCCCCUUACUUU